AUGUUCGUUGUAACAAAGGAGAGUUCUCUAAAAGUUGAACCACACGAGUGCCAUCAGUGCUCCACCCUCACAAACUGCAGCCAGCUGAUACCUGCAAAAUGUUCCGACGAGCAGCCAUACUGCGCCACAGUCGCGACAGCACCAAAUUAUACCAGUGCGCUAACUUGCCGAGCGGCACAGGUUUCGCCCUGUGUAUUGCAAUACGAAAAAGAAUACACCCUCACAUGCAUAUGCGAGACCGACCUCUGCAAUGCGUUAUACAAUCAACGGCUUCGGGACGAGCUGCUAAAUUUUUCAACGAACUUCCAUGCAAACAGUGACGCCAAUUUCACGGAGAUAUUUUUUAAAUUCUCCGCGCUCGCUAACAUCAGUAAUGAAGCCAUUUACGAAAUGGUUACUGCAAAUACGACGGCAUCUUCUGUUACCAUGACGCCGUAUAACGUAACCGAGGAAUUGCCUAGGGCUGAAGCUUUAAAAAAGGCGACGGUACCGCCGGAUGAUGAUGAAGAUGAAAGCGAGGGAAGUGGUAAUACUACUGAUGAGAGUAAACCACACGACCACGCCUCACCUGCUGCUCCUAGCUCAUAUCUUCCAGCUAAAGAGAACGGCGCAAUUUCUCUAUCACUUAAUUUGUUCCUUAUCAUUCCAUUUUGGUAUUGGUAA